AUGGACGACCCUCAAGAAUUCACAGCAAGGGAAAGUCCACCAUACGAUUUUACGGGCGUCGUUUUGAACGAUGUGAUUCCGAAGCGGGAAAAGCCCUGGUGGAGAGAUGCGCGGUUGUUGAAGCUCAACACCCUCCUGCUGUGCGCCCUUCUGACACAGACUGCCCAAGGUUUCGACGCCAGCAUGCUUAAUGGUAUGCAAGCUCUCCCGACGUGGACUGAAUUCUUCGGCCAUCCUUCAGGAACAAGACUCGGCGCCAUGACAUUUGGUCCGACAGGAGGAGUCUUGAUUUCCAUCUUGAUUUCCUCCCAGCUUUGCGACCGGUUUGGAAGACGGUAUCCGAUCUGUGGUGGCUCUAUUCUUAUUAUCAUCGGGUCGAUUCUACAGGCUGCAUCUGUCAACUACGGGAUGUUUGUGUUCUCACGAUUUCUUGUUGGCUUCGGGCUGGGUAUUGUGUCCGUGGCUGCGCCGCCGCUUCUUUCUGAGACUGCUUAUCCGACGCACCGAGGAAAACUUGUUUCUUUUUACCUAGUCUCUUGGCCUCUGGGGUCCCUCAUUGCGGCAUGGGUCACCUACGGCACUUUCCAAAUGUCCUCCACAUCUUGGAGUUGGAGACUACCCAGUCUGUUGCAAUGUACCUUUUCCGUGGUGCAAGCCGUCCUGAGCCUUUUUGCACCGGAGUCACCCCGGUGGCUAAUUUACAAGGGCCGCAGCAAGGAGGCACUCGACAUAUUCAUCCGCUAUCACGGUGAUGGCGAUCCUCAAUCUCGCCUCGCGCAUUUCGAAAUGGCUGAAAUUACUGCGACGCUACAGAUGGAAAUACUUCAAAAGAAGUCACGAUGGGGUGAAUGGAUUUCUUCUAAGGGCAAUCGCCAUCGACUCUUUCUGGCUUUAUAUAUCCCAGCCAUGCUUCAAUGGUCCGGCAAUGCGCUAUCCUCGUACUAUCUGCCUAAGGUUCUCGACACGAUCGGCAUCACGGAUUCCAAGACUCAACUCAUUGUCAAUGGUUGCAUAUCAAUUUGGAGUCUUAUCUCUGCCAGUUGUUUUGCUUUGAUGGUCGACCGCGCUGGCCGUCGUGGACUUUUCUUGUUUGGCAUGAGCGGUAUGGGGGUUGCAUAUAUCAUCUGGACAAUAUGUUCCGCUAUCAACCAGCAGAAGGAUUUCAAAGACCAUGGUUACGCCAGUAGCGUUCUGGCCAUGAUCUUCGUUUACACAGCACUCUAUCAUGCUUGCUCUCCUGUCUCACCGACAUACAUCAUGGAGGUUGUUCCCUAUUCUCUGCGAUCUAAGGCAUCUAUGCUUUACCAACUCACGGGUAACCUUGCUCAGCUGUAUAACAGCUUUGCGAAUCCGGUUGCGAUGGACGCCAUAGGAUGGAAAUACUACAUAGUGUGGGUCGUCAUGAUUGCGAUACAUCUCACAGUAAUCUACUUCUUCUUCCCGGAAACUAAGAAUCGUGGAUUGGAAGAAGUUGCAGAGAUUUUCGAUGGGCCGGACUCUCUUUCUGGACCGAAUGCCAUGAAGCAGUUGGGGUUGGAUGUGAAUGCGGAAAAUGCAGUCGAGAUUGGACAAGACCCAAAGUCAGCUAUUGAGCAGGUCGAACGCGUUUGA